GUGUAUCUUCAGAGAGGAGACUUAGUUCAGCUCUGAAACUCCUCAAUCUGGAUUUGAAACGAACCUCGUCUUUAACUCUCCGCGUGCAGCUCUCCAAACCGCAUGAAACAGUAGCGCAUCGCUGAGGAAAUGACUCUUUAAAAACCCGCACUGCCUCGACACCCCUUCCCUUUUUCACUCUCUCCAUGUUUCGGACUGGAGGCAUGUUGCUGAAACACACCGAUGAGGGCUCUCCUCCGUCUGUCCGUGCGUCAAUGGAAACCCGGCGCGGUGUGAAGGGAGAGGAGAGAGCGCACAAGAGCCGAGGAGCAGCAGGGCACCCGGGGGACGAGGAAGACGAAGAUUAGCGGAGAACAAACCAGAAUAGGAGCCAAAAACAAUCACAAACAUGAGUUUACCGAAUAACUGUGUGUAUCUGGCCCCCUCGGUCCAGGAUCGCUACUUCAAGGUGCGCAACGGGAAUAUCUGCGGGUCUCCGUGCGCCGUCAACCGGCCCAUCGACAUCGUGCAGAAACGCAGGCGUUUUGAUGUGGAGAAUGGCCUGUCAGUGGGUCGCAGUCCACUGGACUCUCAGACUAGCCCGGGUUCUGGUCUGGUACUUCAGGCCAACUUCCCUCACAGUCAGCGCCGCGAGUCCUUCCUCUACCGCUCUGACUCAGACUUCGACCUUUCGCCCAAAACCAUGUCCCGCAACUCGUCCACUGCCAGCGACCUGGAGGAGGGAUUGAAGAAUUGGGAAGUCAAUUGGCUACCUCGGCAUGGAGAAGACAUGAUAGUGACUCCUUUUGCACAGGUUCUCGCCAGUCUACGAACGGUGAGAAGUAACUUUGCUGCUCUGACACAUCUGCAAGAUCGUGUGGGAAACAAACGGCCGUCAAGCAGCAACCAGCCGUCCAUGUGUAAGCCAUGUCUCUCAGAGGAGCCGUACCAGAAACUGGCGAUGGAGACACUGGAAGAGCUGGACUGGUGUUUGGACCAGCUGGAAACGCUGCAGACGAGAAACUCAGUCAGCGAGAUGGCAUCCAAUAAGUUUAAGAGGAUGCUGAACCGUGAACUGACGCAGCUGUCAGAGACCAGUCGCUCAGGGAACCAGGUGUCAGAGUUCAUCGCCAGCACAUUCUUAGAGAAACAACAUGAUGUGGAGAUCUUGUCGCCACCUGCGAAGGAGAAGGAGAAGAAGAAGAGGCCGAUGUCACAGAUCAGCGGGGUGAAAAAGGCCACACAGAGUCCCAGCCUCGCAUCCACCUGCAUCCCCCGCUUCGGAGUCAACACCCCGCAGGAGAGCAUGCUGGCCAAGGAGAUCGAGGACAUUAAUCGUUGGGGUCUGGAUAUAUUCAAGAUAGCAGAAUUUUCUGGAAACCGCCCUCUGAUGGUCAUCAUGUUCUCCAUCUUCCAGGAGCGUGACCUUUUAAAAACUUUUAAGAUCCCAAUCGACACCUUCAUCACCUUCAUGAUGACCUUGGAGGACCAUUACCAUGCUGACGUAGCUUAUCACAACAACAUCCAUGCAGCUGAUGUGGUGCAGUCCACCCAUGUGCUGCUGUCCACCCCCGCUCUAGAGGCCGUCUUCACAGACCUGGAGAUCAUGGCCGUUUUGUUCGCUAGUGCCAUCCAUGAUGUCGACCACCCAGGGGUCACUAAUCAAUUCCUAAUAAACACCAGUUCAGAGCUGGCGCUGAUGUACAACGAUGCCUCUGUGCUGGAGAACCACCACCUCGCUGUGGGAUUCAAGCUGCUCCAAGAGGAUAACUGUGACAUCUUCCAGAACCUCAGCAAGAAACAGAAAGAGUCCCUCCGCAAGAUGGUGAUCGACAUGGUGCUGGCCACAGAUAUGUCCAAACACAUGAACUUCUUGGCAGACAUGAAGACAAUGGUGGAGACCAAGAAGGUGACGAGUCUGGGAGUUCUGCUGCUCGACAACUACUCCGACCGCAUCCAGGUUCUGCAGAACAUGGUCCACUGCGCUGACCUGAGCAACCCGACCAAACCACUGGAGCUUUACCGGCAGUGGACGGACAGAAUCACGGUGGAGUUCUUCACACAGGGAGACAGAGAGCGAGACAAGGGCAUGGAGAUCAGUCCCAUGUGUGACAAGCACAAUGCCUCCAUAGAGAAGAACCAGGUCGGGUUCAUCGACUACAUUGUCCACCCUCUGUGGGAGACGUGGGCGGACUUGGUGCACCCCGAUGCCCAGGACAUCCUGGACACCCUGGAGGACAACAGGGAGUGGUACCAGAGCAUGAUCCCCCGCAGCCCCUCACCCUCCAGCCCCGAGGAGCUCCAUGCCGAGGUGGGGCCCGGAGGAGGAGCUGUGGGGACAGGAGGGUCCGUCCCUUCAGGUGGAGGAGGAGGAGGAGGAGGAGGAGGGGUUGGAGGAGGUGGUGGAGGAGGAGGAGACAAGUUCCAGUUUGAACUCACCCUGGAAGAAGAAGAGGAGGAUGAGGAGGAGGUGGAGUCUGACCUGGAGAGCCCCCUAGAGGAUGACCUCCAGUUGAGCGGGGAGCGACACCGGGACUCCUCCUCCUCCCCGUCUCUGUCUCCGAACCCCCGCAGCAGCAGCAGGUACCGGCCCCCCUCUCCUCACCCGUCGCGGACUCUGAGUCUGGCUGCCAUGUCGGUGCGGAGCCCCCAACCCCACAGGACACUGGCCUCCCCGGGGCGGGAGGGCACCGACAGGGACAGAGACCUGAGCAAGGAGGGCGACGGGGCUGCCUGCCUGCGUAUGGGCACGUAACAACCAGCACAACCUGCCCCGCCUGAGAGACAUGAGCGCUGGGUGUAGGGAGACGAAGGCAGGGCAGGCCUUUACCAAUAAAGUCUGUAAAAUCACCACAGUCCCUUUACACUGGAGAACCCUCUCUGGAGAACAGAGGGACGUUCCCCCUCUGUUUUAUUUUAUUUUUUUCAGCAAGAAGAAUCGUUUUAGCCUCUCUCUGAGCGCCUGAUAGGCGUUUGUGUCCUGUCCUGCUUUGUUGUAGCUUCAUUUGGGAGCAUCCCAGACAAAGACUUCUACAUUUUAACUGGGAAGAAGAGUUGAGCCGAGACAAGAACAAAAAGUUAAAGGAAAUGUCUUCCUCCAAAAUAACUGUUUGUGACAUUCGGACAUGAGCAGCAAAUGAGGAUUGCAGCGGUUCGACAGGGUCUUGGAAAUUAUUUUGCACCAUAGUUUUAAUUUAGGAUAUGAAAUUAUUGAGUCUGGUUGAAAGAAGUGAGUAUGAUGUCUUUGUUUAAGCCUUUUGAGAAUGAUGUGAGAGAUGAAUCAUUUUACCAAAUACAGGAUGCAGAUGUGCAGUGAGAAGAUCGAUGGACCUAAACCUCAGGGUAUGAAGAGAAACAUAGAUCUAAUGUAGCACCGAUGUAGUGGGUACCUCUGACCUGACCCCUGACCCCAAACCAACUGUCUUUCCUGUUUGAUUUACCUCCAAACCAGAGACAACUGAGACUUUGUUUAACCACUUUUGUCUCUACAUUUAAUUAAAACCCUUUAAUAGAAAAUUUGGCAACUGAAGCAAUCAAAUAAUAUAUAUUUAAACCAGCUUGUAGCACCACAGAGAUUGAACACUGAAGAAGACUGUGCCCAAGUCUCACCUGUUUAAAAUACAAAAGACACCACCUGUAUGAUUAGUUUGAGCCUUAUUUUUUUACCUAAGAUGAUUUUUAACGGUGUCGCUGUUUAAGGUUUUUGAUUUUUGAACAGUUCUUCGUUGUACAUUGGCUGGUUUUGUCUGUGUUUAUGUGCUUGAAAAGCAUUUUUUUUUUUUAUCAGGGUGCCUCCGGUCCGCAGUAGCACUUUACUGUCUCUGCCGUUUAGCUCUUCAGUUCAGUUACAAAGGGCUUCACCCACUGUAGGCCUACUGAUCACACAAACACAGUGCAGGACGUCUGACUCGAGGUACCAGGAGGCUGGGCAGGAAACUAACUGACUGACUGACUUUGAAUUUCACAAACGAGUGCAGCAUCUCAGCAGAGGAUGUGAUGAUUGAGCUACUGAUAUUUGAAAGAUAAGACUCCAUCUGGUUUUUGAGAAGCUUCAGAUACUGAAAAUUCUGCGAUAUUUGCACCUCAGUUUCCUGAGCAAAGAGUUUAAAGUUCAAAUGUUUUUCACUAAGAAAAUUACAUCAGUUUGCGGCACAAAGAAGAUCUGGAAAAGAGCUCUGUGCACACUGAUCGUUACCAAAUAAAGGUGUGAUCAGAUUUGUCAGUUUAAAAAGUAAUCCAGUAUGGCUGCACCUUCCUCUUUGAGGCAAAUUGAUAACUGCAGCGUUUUCUGAAAUGAUGUCGUUACUGCGCUGCAUCCUGCGAUGACUUCAGCCUUUCUGAAUCUACAAAAGUUCUACAAAGUCCAAAGAAUCUACACAGUUGUCGUCGUCAGAGUCUCGAUGCCUCUUUUUAAAUGCUCAUUGCAUCCUGUGCUGUUACAAUAAGGCUGGCAAUAUUUCAGAUUUUUAUUAUUGUCAACAAAUCUCAUGAAAAGACCGAAACCAAGAAGGUGUUUGUCCUUCUCUCAAUACUUUCCAGCUUCCUCAGCCUGUCUGUGGCUCUCAGCCCCAAAUCUUUCUUUAAAAAUGGGUACAAAUUAUAUACUUUUUUAUCCUAAGAAAAGGAUAAGCAAUUUCCUACGGCUGGUCUCUGUAGUUUUUAGCAAACAUUGCUCAAACAGGAGCAGUGGUGCAUUUGUUGGGGACUAUUUUCAGCUAUGGAUUUAGUGUUCUAGUGAAUAUUUACAACAGCAGGACAGUGGAUUGACUUAAACUGAAACAGUGUCUUCAUUCAUCGUUAUUUACUGAAGGAACAUGUCAUCCAGCGUAACAGUGUGGCUCACUGAUGUGGUUUUAAUAGUUUUUGGAGAAUAAUGAAUGUCUUUGGUGCAGAAAAAGAGGCUAUUUUAGACUUUUGCUACACAGACAAUACAGUACUUGUUAGAAAGAUCAGGUGAUCUUUUCAUGGGAUUUGUUGAGAAUAAGAAAAAUAUCCUUUAACCAGGCCUUGAUGUUAUGUGUUUGGUCUCACCUACAAUAUGAUGAGGGCAAAAUUUUUAUGUACUGACAGGAGCAUGAAGGCUUUGAGUGACACUGUUAAAUAGAUCUAGGAGCAGUUUAAUUAUGAAUAAACAGUUUGCUCUUCUUUGCUCAAAUCUUAAAAGAAUCUGAGCCUGAAUGUUCCUUUUCUACAAAGACUAGAACAAUUUAAAUUAAUAUUUUUACACAAAAGUAUUUUAAAUAAACAGAUUUUUGUUUUUUGUCCAAAGUCAGAAGGGAUCUCACUCUUCCAAAUAAGUCACCAGGUGUUAAUUUCCUGCCCGGCCGACUGGUACUGAUGUUGAGACCACAAGGAGCACAGUUUCAAAAGUUGCUGACAGAAAUGAAUCGCCUGUAGUUCAAACAUUACAGAUCGUGUCUCAUCAGGUUAUCAAGUCUCAUUUGGUAGAUCUAGUGCUCGACUGGGAUAACUGUGUGCCAUAAGUGUUGAAAACACACAAACACCUGCCAGCCUACGAUGCUGUACAUUUUUACACUAGAGAUUUUAACCAGAUGAUUGUAUCAAAGUCAUUGACUUUAUAGUGUUAGUUUUUACGAAUGAUAAAUGUUAACAGUAUUUAAAGCAGACAAUUUAUUAGAUUUUGUGCAAUUUAGGAGCCGUCUGUUCAGCCCUUUCCUAAUCAGAUAGCUGAGACUUGAGAAUGUGUGUAGUUUCAGGAGUUCAUGACUCUUUCUGUACCAAGUACAUGUUCAGUCUAGAUCAGUGUUUGUUGCCGUCACUGAGGUAGAAAGACCAGGAAGCAAGCAAGCACUACACAAGAUUUGAUGCACUUCCUGGUCAGACAGUAGUAGAAAACACUAGUCUUACAGUAUUUCAUUAACUCAGCUAGUAAGCUUUAUUGAUCAGCCUUACAUGUGAUAGAGGAGGUUGGAGUGUUAAAGGACCAGUGUGCUGUUUUUCACAUGCCGAGCCUCAGAACGUCAUUCGCUCACUUUUCCCUUGAGAUGUUUAAAAAUUCUUGACAGUUCUGGGAAACUGGAAAAGUGAGAAAACUGCUUAUUAUUUCCAGGCCUUAAAAAACACAUAAAGUAAUGUAUUAGUGCCAUCAGAAGAAACCCUUUUAUAUCCGAACUGCCAAAAGUUUUCACUGCUGGUUUUAGCUUGACAACAAUCAAUUUCUGAUUGUUCCAAAGAGUUUUGAAAGAGCGUCAACAGCCAAACAUCUAAGAAGCUUGUCGACAAUUAGAGGAGAAUGGAUCAUGUUUCUCUUGACAGCAGUAACAUUGUGUUCUGUCAAAGAACACGUAUUUUGAUCUGCUGUCAUCUCAAAGAACAACUAAGUGUUUGUUGUGAAGAUUAAUCAAAUAAUCAGCUACAGCUUAUUUUCAUGUUUUGUUCAUUGCAAGUUAUCUGUAGUUUCCAGUGUCAAAAUUCAUCACAGAUGACCUCAAAACUCUUUAAAACUCCACAUGAUGUAAACGCCACGAAAAUGUCAAAAGCUUCAGUCUUUUAGAUGGAGACAUCGAUUUCCUGACAUUAUUUCUAGUGCCAUCUUGUGGCCAAAAUGUCUGCUCUCAAACAAUAAAUAUUUCAGUCUAGUAGGCAGGUUGCUUUACUAAAAAGAUUCAUGCUUACAAGUGUGAACAAGAAUGUUGCUAAAUUUUCUUUAGCACCAGCCUGAUAUUACAGUAUGUGGUGUAACAUCACAGCUUAGAAGGGCUUUACACUUUUAGUCUUUUAAUAGAAAGCUGUUCUGUCAGUCAUCCAGACAGAUAUUUUGUGUUGUGUUGAGCUCUGGAUUUGUUUCAAUUCUGACUCGACACCCCCCCAAGUUAGUUUAAAUUUUACUAAUGUGUUCAAUAAGAUGGAAAAAGGAACUCAGACAUCAAGCCUUUGAAAUAUAUACAAUAUAUGUAUAAUGUAUGAAAUAUUAAGGCACUCUAGUUUAAAAAUCCUCUUGCUUCUUAAGAUUUGUUUGAACCAUCUGUUUUUUCCCCCAAAAUGUAGGUUUCUUUGGUACAAUUUAUUUAAAAAAAAAAAAAAAAGUGAGUUUAAGAGUAAAAAUCUUUGACAUUUUUAUCUAAACAAAAUUUGGUGCUUACCUCCGACUGCUAUAACACAUUAACUGUCUCAGUUAGUGUGUAAUAAACUGAAGCACUUUACCUAACUAGAGAAAAGUCAUUACAGAAAUGAACUGCAACAGAAAGUCUCACAGAAAUUAACAAAGUAAUUAGUCAAGCUCUCCUAAAAAAAUCACAUCAUUGAGGCGUUUUCAUCAUAUGGGAUUAUUUUACUUAAACAACUUUACUUUCAGAUGCAACAGCAGCACGUUCAGUUUGUAUCUCAGUGAUGAACGACGGUCUGAGGCGUCACUUCGGCACGUUAAAUUCAGUACUGCGGCUCCUUACAGGAGGACAUCAGUGCCAUACAGUGUUAAAUGUUGACGAGCAGGAAAGUCUCUGCUCUCGCUCUGUUAUUGUGUUGCGCUGAUGCUGCCACCAUUAAUGUUCAUGCCGUCUCGUUUUCUCAGCCUCUGUGUUGUGCAAACUUCUAUAAAGAUAUUUAUUCUUCAAACAUGUCUGUCGAGACAAAGUACUGUAAAAUAGGACAUUUUAAUUUUAUGUUCUGGAGCCUAAAAAUCAAGUAUACUUUACAAGUAUGUAUACAUCUGCCACUCCAAUGUUUUUGUCAAAGAAAACUAUUUUUGUUUCUCAUUUUAAGCCAAAAGAGUCUCGGGAGUUCAGGGUGUUUUAAGUGGAAAAUGCCAAUAAAUUAUUUGGAAAUUUA